UCCCUGCUAGGGCUGAUGUCACUGAACCGAGUGCAUUUAGGAUGCUCAUCUCUCUAUUUGCUUCAUUUGGAAACAGAUAUAUGCAUAUAUAUUAUUAAUGGAUUCAAGGCGCUUUUCUUCCUAAGUAAUUUGGGUAUCUCUUUCCUCUGUUUUAGUCAAAUGUGGAAGAGUAGUUACUUAAUUAGUUGAGUUGGAGUCAAUAAAGUAGGCUGUAUACCAGUGCAGUCUGGAUGGGAAGCCUUUGCAACUGAUACCGUCCUCAGCAGCUGAGCAUCAGAGCGUUUCCUCCCCCAGCCUAAACUUGCAAAAUGACCACAUCCAGCAGGCAAAGCUCUUCUACAUCUAUGGUCAACAACGUGGCAAAAAUGUUUGAUCCAAAUGCUUUGCAAAGCCAGAGGUCUGAUAAUACAAUGGAGCCCCCGCAGAUUCGUCGUGUUGUAAGCAGUGAUGUCAGCACUGAAAGUUUUAACGUCAUGGAUAUGAAGUUUGCCUUCCUUGAACAGAAAAUAGAUAAGCUGUUGAUGCUGCAAGACAAUGUGCUUAAGAAACUGAACAGCGUUUCCCAAGAAAUCUAUUGCAUUGAAAAAGAUAUCGAGAUUGUAAAAGCAGAGACAUCUGAGCCUGGAUUGAAAAUGGAAAGAAGCAAAAAUCUGAGAAAUAAUCAAAUGAAGAGGCUUUGCCUUAAGAUGAAGAAAUCUCUUUCUGAUAUAAACAGGAAUGCAGAGCAGCAAGUUAAAAGACUGGAUGGACUGGAACAAAGCGUUUCUGCAAUACAGAAGCUUGUAGGGCCUCUGGCUGAGAAGGUUAAAGCAUUAAUAAUUCAUCAUUCAUGUGGAAAACAUCAUAUUCUGAAACGUAAGCUUUGCAAGGCAGGUGAUUAUACAAAAGCAGCUGGACAUGGUUUUGGGAUGCAGAUUUUCUCAGCGACAACAGCUGAUGCUCUGCUCAAGAAGAGGAGUGAAAAGGUCGUCAAAGAAAAGUUGCAUUUGAGUGAGACGGGAACAAAUUCAAUACAAGAGGAGGAACCACCAGAUUCAGCAGAGGGGGUCAUCCAGAACAGCCAGUCCUGUUGUCACGAAGAAGAAGUCGAUAAGCUCAACAAGGAAAAUGCUGAGAGGGAAAGUACUGUUCUGCUACAGAUGGAUUCCCCUGAAUCUCAUUCUGAAGAAACAGAGGAGAAAGAAGAAAUAGCUUUUGAAAGCUGCUACAGGAGAAGCUCAGUACAGGAAGAAGAUGAUGCUGUUGAUGAUGCUUGUCAAAGGAUAACUGGGCAGGAGAUAGAGAGGGAGUCAGCAGAUGAGGAGACGAAGGAGGAGCAACAGGUGCCUGGAGUUGAAGAACAAGAAGAGAGGAUGAAUGAAGGGGAGGGAGUUGAUAGUAAUAAUGAAAAAGAGGAUGAGGAGCCAUCAGCAUCUUCCCAAAAUGAAGAUGAGGCAGGACAAAGCCAUGAUCAAGAGGCACCGGAGGGAACGUGUAAAGGCUGUGGAAAAGAUGAUACUUCUACUCCACCAGCACCAUUUGAUCACCGGAUUGUUUCAGCCAAAACGGUGGGCAUCAGCAGUUAUUAUAAUGUCAACAGGAAUGAAAUCUUGGGAGGAGGACGAUUUGGUAUGGUACACAAAUGUGAAGAGAAAGCAACAGGUCUCAAGCUAGCAGCCAAAAUUAUAAAAGCCAGAGGAGAUAAAGAGAAGAAUGAAGUAAAGAAUGAAAUCAGUGUCAUGAACCAGUUGAAUCAUGUGAAUCUUAUCCAGCUCUAUGACGCCUUUGAGUCAAAAAAUGACAUUGUCCUAGUCAUGGAAUAUGUGGAAGGAGGUGAAUUAUUUGACCGAAUAAUUGAUGAGAACUGCAAUUUGACAGAAAUGGAUACAAUCUCAUUCAUAAAACAGAUCUGCGAGGGAAUUCAGUACAUGCACCAAAUGUACAUCCUUCACUUGGAUCUAAAGCCUGAGAAUAUCCUGUGCGUGAACCGAUCUGCAAAUCAAAUAAAAAUUAUUGAUUUUGGAUUGGCAAGAAGAUAUAAACCCAGGGAAAAACUUCGAGUAAACUUUGGAACUCCUGAAUUUCUUGCUCCUGAAGUUGUGAAUUAUGAAUUUGUCUCCUUUCCUACAGACAUGUGGAGUGUAGGAGUCAUUGCUUACAUGCUCCUCAGUGGAUUGUCUCCUUUUUUGGGUGAUGAUGACAACGAGACUCUCAACAAUAUCCUGGCCUGCAGCUGGGAUUUUGAAGAUGAGGAGUUUCAAGAUGUUUCUGAGCAAGCCAAAGAUUUCAUCUCUAAGCUUCUCAUCAAGGAAAAAUGCUGGAGAAUAAGUGCAACUGCUGCCUUAAAACACCCAUGGUUAUCAGACCACAAGCUCCACUGCAGGCUCCAGAAGAAAGUUAAAGGAGACUGUGAUUCCCGGGCACCUUCAGAUCCAUAAUCUCUGAAAGAGCUGCAAAACAGAAGAAAAGCUGCUGUGUGGUUACUGCUGCUAAGAGAUUGGAAAAUAUCAGCAGGCUUGGUGCUUUACCUCCCUGCCAUGACUGAGUCUUUUACUAAAUGGACCAACAGCACUUUUGCUGCAGGAUAAAUCCCAGAAUCUCUGAGCUGCUGCUUCUCUAUUCAGCUUUCAAAAGAAGGAGAGUAUUUUUCUAUUAAGAAGUUGUUUCUUCUGGAGCUCCAUGUUCUCCAUGUCCAGGAGUGCCACAUUUGCUCAGUUUCAUAACAACGUUUUUUCUAUUUUGUCCUCCACUCUCAUUUAAUUAUCAAAUGCUCCUUAAGGUUCAAAUUACCAGGUUAAGUUGUCUGUUUCUUGUCAGCCAAGAAGACAGCUUGGCACUUUGUUAUCUGUGUAGGCAAGGCUGUUUGACACUGGAAUCAAAUCAUAAAAACACACACACACAAAAAAACCAACCAAACAAACAAAAAACAAAAAAAGUCAAUUUAAAGCUGCAUAAUGUAGAAGAUUUGAAGUUUAUGAGCUAAGGAAUUGCUCAACUUAAAGCCAUGAUAAUUUAAUACCAAGAGAAGUGAGAAUUGAGGCUUUCCUUGCAGAUAGGCAAAUUUGCUACAACCAUAAUACAUUUUAUGAUUUUUUAGCCUGGUGAAUUACUGUUCAUUUUAAAUACACUUGGAUUAAUUCCAUGAGAAAGAAAAGAAGGCACUAUUCAGUCUUGCCCAAGCAGACUCUCUUCUCUGCUUUGCAAGUUAUUUUAACAGAAGCUGACUUCACACCAGUGACUUUCCUUAUUGCUAAGAACUGAUUAAGAAUAUUGGCAAAGAGAGUCAGUCUUCUGCUCAUUAUAAGCCCUGUUUUUUCUAAAGAUUUCUUUUCUCUCUUUUUUAUCUUACUCCCAAGCCUUUCUAAGUAAGGAGUCAGAACAGCUGAAUUCUGAUACUGUUUGAAUAUGGUUCUUUAUUAAGUGAACCUCAGUCUUACUUGCUUAGGCUGUGAGGUUGGAAUGAGACUUAUACCCUGCUGUAUAUGACUGCCUGGUUUCAGAUCUACACACAUAGCAAGUAUUUUAUUCCAUGAUGCUGACAUAUUGCAGUGCCUUUAGUUUUUCUUUGAUUAAUCCAGUUCUGUUCAAACUACAGAUUAACAUAGUUAUCUCUAUAUAUUUAAUUAUAUAUUUCAUACAUGUUUAUAUUUAUGUCUUUUAUUAAAGGGGAUCAACAUGAAGACAAAACCGAACAGCAUUAUUCAUUACCACCCAAUGAAUUAUUUUCACACCUUUGUCCUUUCUGAAUAGCACUCACAAAUGAAAUAAAAGGGCCCACUAAUGGGACAUUGUGGCCAUGACAUUAUCUACAGCCAGUUCAAUCCAAUGUUUUAAAGCCAUCGUGGUAGAUCUAUUAAGACUGCUUCUGUAAGCCAAUAGGGCUUCUUACAGCUCUGAAAUCUGAGAAAUAUUGAUGUGUUGUAAUAGCUGUGAAUAGAUGAGAACCAUUACUACAAUCACACAGUGAUUUGCCAUGUAACUGUGAUACCACGUAGAGCACUGCCACCUUAAAAUCCUUAUCUGUAGUCUUAACUGAAGUAAGCUUUGACUAGCAGAAAUGGAAGUUUUUCUGGGAAAGCAGCUCUUGAGCAGCCUCAAAGCAAGAAAACCAAAAUAUAACCUUUAGGUAGAAGCUAGGAUGCUUUAUCUUUAGUCACCAUUCAUGUUUCCCUGUGCAAAAUGAAUAGAAAACCUACAUUUCUGUUAGGGCUGGAGUUCCCAUUCCUAUCUGACUACCUUCAAAAUACUGUUAGCUUUUUGUACAGUAAAAAAGUUAAUGAUCAGUCUCAAAUACAGCUGGCUAACUCUGGAAUGACAAGAUCUCAUUGCACACUUUACUGCCAGUAUUAAAGAUUUGGGGUUUUGUUUUUCCUGUGGUGGACAUUUACACGAGUACGAAUAAAUUGCAUGGCAUUUUGAAUCUCAUUAAGUGUACUAAAAACAACAGUGUGACUAUA